CACAAUUUCGCUGACCAACAACAACAAAUAAUCAGAAACGAUUUUCUUCUUGGUUUCUCCUUCCCCCGUUUCGCGCUGCCAGAACACACGAAACCGUAACCGGCCGAGGAUCGCUCUCAGCUCAGGUGCGCCUCUCUCUCUCUCUCUCUCUCUCUCUCUCUUUCCUUCCUUCCUCUGCUAUGCUUAGGUUCUCUUCGAUUGCUGUUGUUUGUAAUCAAUUUCGCUCUGAUUUUUUGAAUUUGGUAGAAGGGAAGCUCAGAACGGUCUAGGGUUUCGUUUUUUUUCAUUUGGUUCGGGGGCGAUGGCGUCGAAGCGGAUCUUGAAGGAGCUCAAGGAUCUGCAGAAGGAUCCUCCCACCUCUUGCAGCGCAGGUCCUGUUGCUGAAGACAUGUUCCAUUGGCAAGCAACAAUCAUGGGUCCUGCAGAUAGUCCCUAUUCCGGUGGUGUGUUUCUAGUCAGUAUUCAUUUCCCACCAGACUAUCCAUUCAAACCGCCAAAGGUUGCUUUCCGAACUAAGGUCUUCCACCCCAAUAUCAACAGCAACGGUAGCAUUUGCCUUGAUAUUUUGAAGGAGCAAUGGAGCCCUGCCCUCACCAUAUCCAAGGUGUUGCUUUCGAUCUGUUCCCUACUGUGCGAUCCCAACCCCGACGACCCAUUGGUGCCGGAGAUUGCCCACAUGUACAAGACCGAUAGGAGCAAGUACGAGACAACCGCCAGGAGCUGGACUCAGAAGUACGCGAUGGGCUAGCACGAUCUGCCUUGUCUGGGAAAGGCAAAGAUUUAUUUCCUGUUGUGCCAUUGUGUCAUGAGAGAAAAAUUGUUGUGUAUGAAAGUAAAAGUAUGAUAUUGCUGUCUUAUCUUAUGAACGGGGGACCUUGAAAGAAGAAACUGGUCAUGUCUGUGUAGACAGACUUCUGUGCCCUGUUCUCUCUGAAAUCGAACACACCUCCUUGUGUUUUCAUUGUUCUCCUAUCAGAAUCUACCUAUGGAAAUUUUACUUGAGAGGACAGGCUUAAUAUAUUGUGUCAAUUCGUGAAUGUUAGCUAGUAAAUCUCUUCUUUUCCUCGAUGAACAACGAUCUAUAGUAAGUCGUAGUUUGUAUAAAUAGUGUCGAAAUUGUAGAAUGAUCGCCUGAAGUGCAGAUAUAACAUCAAGCCCUUGAUGACCCGAAGCUAAGUAAUGCUCCUCUGCUCUACAUCAAGUCAAAAUUGCAGUCGCAUCUCUGCUAGUACUAGAAGAGCCUAGAUAAAAAAAAAAUUCAAGGACUGAAAUGUGAAAUUUAAUAACUUGAAGGAGUAAUAUGAUUGUAGUGAUUGAUACAGGGAGUGAUUGUGUAAUUUGGGCCGUCGUUUGCUGCCGUGUGGAGUGUUAUAUAUAUCAAGCGUGUGCGUCUCUAGGUUUUUGGUUUUCUUCAGAAUCUAUAAGUUCACUGACGAUCGGUAAUCUUCUCGGUUCCUCUCGCUCUCGCUCUGUCCAUCUUGCUUUGGGGGCACGCUACUGUUUCUAGCUCCUGCAGUACUGUUGAUUUUCGAGUUUCGUGUUUGGAUUGAAACUGAUUGUGACCGACUUUAUUAGUAGGGUUUGCUGCUAAGGUGGGGGAGAUAGGGAGAGUGGGACUCGUGCUCUCUUUCUGUGCGUUUCGAGUUCUGCUUUAGCUUUCGACAAUGGCUUCCAAGAGGAUCUUGAAGGAGCUCAAGGAUCUCCAGAAGGACCCGCCUAGCUCUUGCAGCGCAGGUUCAUGAUCGUUUCCUUUUUCCUAUUUCUAUUUUUGUUUGAUCGUAGCAUCGUGAUAUGUUCUUCUAGAAUUGCGCUUUGUCGUUGUAGUCCUGCUGAUGAGUCUCGGCCAACGUAUUGAGGGAAUUCAGUUUACUAUAUGUGUGCGUACGACAGCUAGGUUUUGGAAUUCUGCAUUGGAGUUGAUGGAUUUUUAUUGCUUGAUGGUUUUGGAAUUCUGCUUUGGAGUUGGAUGGAUUGUAUUGCUUGUUUCUCUAUGGAUAAUGGUGCUUGAAUUUUGAGCUACUUUGCUAUCGGCAAUUCGUAGAUAUUUGUUUCCUCGUAUGGUUCAGUUCUGUGAGUAGAAUCCAAAUUUGGUUUCGGACUAAGAGUACUGUCGAACUGGAUAGUCAUUGAUCACACUGCUCUGGCUCUAAACCUAGCUACUACUGUAGAUCCUGGGAGGCAAAGUAAAAGCAUUAGGUCACCAAUGUAGUGAUAGUUCUAGCUUUAACACCCCCGUAUGAUUCGCGCUUCAGAUAAGCUGGUCUCUUUAGUUUGUUUGCUUAGGUGGUGUUUCCUUGUCUCCCUUAACGUUCGAAAUUGUUAUGGUUCGAGAAAGGAGACUGGCUGAGAUCAAUGAGUAGGAGGUGAAUAGUAGAGGGAAGUAAUUGAUUCUUAUUCAAGCAAGUUGAUGCGAGCAGCAUGUGGAUAACUUUCAGGAGGUUGGUAGGAACUCAAGGACGUGCCCUUUAAACUAGGUGGGGGUACCAAAAAAGCAAUUGUAACUGGCUAGGUGGAGCCUUGCAGUUUAUGAUACAUCUUUGCAGGGGGAGUAAGGAGUUUUUGAGAAGGAUCAUUUGAAGUUGAUUGCCAAAUCGUGUAGGCUUUACCUCACUGGACAACUGACCACUUCUGUUCUCUGAUAACGUGUUCAUCUGCCUAGAGAGUUGUCUACCCUCAUUUGAGUUCUUAGGUUCUUCCCUACCUUCUUCCACCAACAGGCAUAUAAGUAAUAAUGGAAGCUGUAUCACCUGGCUGGCUAUAGUAAAUGGCAAAGUUUAGGCAAUUUGAAUCCAUUGCUCGCUUUUGGUUUGUAAUAUCCUUGAUAUAUGGAAUCAUCUUGCCAUGUGUACCGAGAUUGUUCGGGAGACCUCGUAAUGGAAGAAAUGUUAUAGGAUCUGAAGGAAUUCAGAGCUUUUUCAAUUCCAUCUGCUCGCUUCUUUAUUGCAUGAAUUGUUCAUACAUGAAGUACCUCUAUUUGGAAGAAGAAAGUCUGAUAUUUUCAUCUGUAUCUUCGAUCUUCACCAAUAGUGAACUGAUUUCUUUUUUCUGGUUUGGGCUACUUUAGGUCCAGUUGCCCAAGACAUGUUCCAGUGGCAAGCAACAAUUAUGGGCCCUCCUGAGAGCCCAUACACUGGUGGAGUGUUUCUAGUCAGUAUUAACUUCCCACCAGACUACCCAUUCAAGCCACCUAAGGUAUUUUAAUCCAUCAAGUGGUAGAAUUUUGUACAAAUCUAUGUUUCAUUUGGUUUCUUGGAAAGAAGUACUGCUUGUUCUGAAUUACCUACGUUUUUGCCGCUUUUAUAAUUCGGUUUAUAUGUACUUUGUUGGUUUGAUCUUAUUGGUUAAAUGAGUGAUCGUAUAGGGUGGGUUUUUCGCAAGAUCAGAUGUAGAAUUCACUGAUUCUCUUAGUGUAAGAGCUUUGCUCGUGGUGCCUGUGAAGGGUGGGGGUCUAGUUAUCUGAUUACUGUGAAGUGUGAACUGGGUUUCCUCUGUUUACUCCAUUGCACCAUCUGGUGGCAAACUUCUCUUCUAAUUAACUCUCUGCAAAACAACAUCUGGGCCAAGAUGCUCCAUCCAUACGCUUCUUUUUUCGAUGUAACCUUGACAUGGUAGAUGGUUAAAUCUUAAUUUCAUGUUCGAACACAAGGUGAUUUUGUUAGCAUUCUUCUCUUUGCAAAGCCUCUUAGCCAGUUGCAUGAUAUAUUAACAUAUACAGAUGUUUCCCAACCUUUUUCAAAACCUUGUCGCGAUUCGGUUGUCACAUUUUAUCCUUCCUUCUUCGUUCUGCUGCAGGUUUCUUUUAGGACUAAGGUCUUCCACCCCAAUAUCAACAGCAACGGCAGCAUCUGCCUGGAUAUUCUUAAGGAGCAGUGGAGCCCAGCCUUGACCAUAUCAAAGGUCGAUCGACUGCACCUAACCGCAGCUCGUUUCCUCUAACAACAACUUUGCCAUUGUUAAGACUUGCUCAUGUUUCUUUCCCCCCUGGUACUCUUUUCAGGUGUUGCUCUCCAUAUGCUCACUGUUGACGGACCCCAACCCCGACGACCCGUUGGUGCCAGAGAUUGCUCACAUGUACAAGACCGAUAGGGCCAAGUACGAAACAACCGCUAAGAGCUGGACUCAGAAGUACGCGAUGGGCUGACGAACUACAGCUGCUGUUUUUUAUUGCUAUGUGCUAUAUAUGAACUUAUAUAAAAGGGGGAGAGUGGAAAAAAAGGCUGUGCAUUUUACUAAACUUCUUUUGCGUCGUUUGCUCUUUGAAGGAAUAUGUUUACUUUUUUGUCAAGUGUAUGAAUGGAAGGUUUGAGUUCAUGUGUCUUCUCGUUGUUAAGUGGACCAAAUUCAUGGCGUGGAUUCCUUCUCCUCUUCCUCCUUUACGUCGUUCACUUCUAAAUGGUGCAGAAUUUGGAGCAUACGAUACUCCUGGAGUCCGGGUGUUCGUAUUAAACGAAGCUCGUAUCGAUAGAACUUCCUUGCGGCUGAGUAUACAAUACUCCUGUUACUUCCAGAUCCCAUCAGGUGAGUGAAGUAAGACUUCCUUCCUUCUGGUUGUCUGUUCUCCACUUUCUUGAAUGGAAUUACAACUCAGAAGUCAAAUUUCAGUAGUCCUUUUUCUCCCCUUUCCUUUUUGAACAAAUGUUGUGAAGGUGUAAUGGGUGUUCUUCAGCCUUUAGGGCACUAUGCAAGUUGCCCUGACACCUGGAGAGAGAGAGAGAGAGAGAGAGAGAGAGAGAGAGAGAAAAUGAGCAAAAGGUGAGGCUCUGGUGGUAUGGCAACUUGCAAAUUGCAAAUGGUGAAGAGAAGAUUUGCAAAAAAAUUUGUUUGGGUUCCGUUUGGCUGGCAGGCAGGCCAACCAGGCUUAAAAGCCUGUAAGAGGAAUAGUUUCAGGCUCGUGAAAAAAGCCGAAUAACAAACGGUCCCCUGGAACAUUUUUUUUUCCCCUUCUUUUCCCUCUUCAGCUUUGACAAAUCUCUGUUGAUUGUGUGGGCUGCCAACAAAAUCUAUACCCUCUAUCUGCCCCUCUUCGCUUAAUGAAUUAGACGCCGUGAUUGCUCGCGUCGUUGUUUAAUCACGAGAUUAGAUGUUUGUUCUCUGUUAACGGGAACGUAACACGUAACGAGUUAUUGUCUAUUUUCUGUUAACAUAACGGGUGGUAAAAACAAUCCGAGGCGAAUAUCCUGAUACCACUUUAAACCCAAGGAAAGAAUGCUCAUCCUCUAUAGCAGAUAACAAACAGCAGGGCUUAAAAUCAAAAUGGUUGGCCUGAAUGAAGCUGAAAUCUUUUG